CACACCUUCUCUUCUCUUGUGUCAACUUCUUCUUCCCCACAUCUCCUAAAAGACCAAACCAAACCUUUCUUUUCUUAUCUACCACCAAAAUUACAUCUUUUGUUUUGUAUAACUUGCUUUGAUCCGAUCAUGGUGAAGGAAACAGUCUACUAUGAUGUUCUUGGUGUCACUCCCUCUGCUUCUGAGGAAGAUAUUCGCAAGGCUUACUACAUCAAGGCAAGACAAGUUCAUCCUGAUAAGAAUCCAGGCGAUCCUCUGGCUGCUGAGAAGUUUCAGGCAAGUGAAGCUUACCAGGUCCUGAGUGAUCCUGUUCAUCGUGAAGCGUAUGAUCGGACAGGAAAAUUCUCAGCUCCCAAAGAGACAAUGGUUGAUCCAACGGCUGUUUUCGCUCUUCUCUUUGGAAGUGAGCUAUUUGAGGAUUAUAUUGGUCACUUGGCUGUUGCAUCAAUGGCUUCCACUCAAAUGGCCUCUGAAAUCGAAAACCCUGAUCAGAUUCAUGACAAACUAAAGGCAAAUCUAAAUCAUAUGCUGUUCAGAGAGAAAGAGAAGAAAACCUUGCGAGCUUUUGGAGCGGAUAUGCUGCAUACAAUUGGAUAUGUAUACACAAGACAAGCAGCUCAAGAACUUGGGAAGAGAGCUCUUUACUUGGGAGUUCCUUUUGUAGCUGAAUGGGUUAGGAACAAAGGGCAUUCUUGGAAAUCACAGAUCAGUGCAGCCAAAGGUGCUUUUCAGUUACUUCAGCUGCAAGAAGAGAGUAACCGGAGAUUCAAGAAAGACGGGACUGGUCCGGCGAAUGACCUGGAGUCUCAUAUUCAGACAAACAAAGAAACUCUGAUGGGAUCUCUGUGGAAACUAAACGUGGUUGACAUUGAAGUAACUCUGUUGCAUGUGUGUCAGAUGGUAUUGCGCGAGAACAAUUUGAGAAAAGAGGAGCUUAAAUCUCGAGCAAUGGCUCUCAAGAUUCUUGGCAAGAUUUUCCAGCAAGAAAAGCAAUCGAGGAACGGUACUACAUCAAGAAGAGCAGAUGAAGACAGCAGUGACGACGAUGACAGUAGCAGCGAUGACGAUUCUUCACAACCACUUUCGUACAGAACUCCACUGCUCACUCAGGGGAUUGGUAGACUCUUCAGAUGUCUCUGCAAUCCAGCAUUUGAUGUAGACGAUGAUGAAAUUGUAUACAAAGGCAAA